AUGCCUCAGUUACUGCGAAACAUUAAUGGGAGCAUCGAAGCCUUCAGGCGCUAGGCCAGGAUGGAGGGCGACUGCGCAGUGCUCAGCCGCGGAGGGGGUGAGCGGGAAAGGCUCCUGGAGCGAGAGUUCGCUGACGUCAUCGUGAAACCCCACGAUCCGGCCACUGUGGAUGAAGUCCUGCACCCGCUGGAUGAAGACGACACAGGGACAGUAGAAUUCAAGGAAUUCUUGGUCUUGGUGUUUAAAGUCGCCCAGGCCUAUUUCAAGACACUGAGUGAGAGUCCUGAGGGAGCGUGUGGCUCUCAGGAGUCUGGAAGCGGCACUCCUGCGGCCUCCCAAGAGCCAGGAGAAGGACAGAGAAGUGGCACUGCGGUGGGAAGGGCUGAGAAGACACAAGGCCAUGCGGGGAGAAGCAGCACACAGAGCGAGCAGGCUUCCAGGGGGCAGGGCGGGCCUGGGUCUCAGACCCCAGGUCAGGACAUCAGCUCUGCUCAGGUCAGUCGUCGGGACAGGCAGUCUGAGUCCCAGAGACAGGAGGGAGCCAGCCAGCAGAUGCAAGCAAGGGGCCAUGUGGAGCAGACCCAGAGAGUGCGAGAAGACAAGAGUCCUCAGACCAGAGAGAGGCGGGCGGAGAGGCAGUGACAGACCAGGGCGGACAGAGCCCACCGGACAAGUGGGACCGUCACUGGAACGAUACCUCAGACCCAGACAGGUGCCACCCAGACCGUGGAGCAGGACAGGAGCCAUCAGACAGGAAGCGCCAGCAUCCAGCCACAGGAGUUCACCUGUGACCAGACCAGAGAGACUGAGACCCACGGUCAAGACAGGCAUCAGACAAGCCAGGCUGUGACAGGAGGACACAUGCAGACACAGGGAGGUGCCACCCAGGCCGUGGAGCAGGACAGGAGCCAGACUGCAGGCCACAUAGGGGCUCGAGAACAGAGCCAGACUCAAAGGCAGUCAGGCAGUGGUCAAAGAUGGGCACAAGCGAUCAACUAUGAGGCAGGAGAGACAGUGCUAGGAGGACAGGCCCAGACUGGGGCAAGCACUGUGACAGGCGGCCAGGACCGGAGCAGCGCUCACCCACCGUGCGGUGUGACAGGAGGGCAGGGAGCGAGCGAGCCCACCGUGGUUAAACAGGAGUGGGUUGAUGACCACACGAGGGAGACAGUGAUCCAAAGGCAGGACCAGGGCAGCCUGCACCCCAGUGUGCCUUCAGCACAAGGCCAGGCAGUGGCGCCGGAAGGCAAGCGAGGCCUCACAGCCAGGGGGCUGUAUUCCUACUUCAAAAGCAGCAAGCCAUGA